GUAAUACAUAAUAUAUGAAGAAACGAAUUUCAACAUUAAUGAGCCUAAAGAGGUACUCAGGAGAACAAGAAACAAAAAAUAUACAAGAUAGAUCAAUGACAAGUUUAUUCACAGUAUACCGAUGUAUAUCAUUGGCCCACGUAAAUCUGGCAAAACAACCUUUCUUUAUAAAUCAGUAGUAAAAUAUAAUACAGAAGAGGCUAAUAAUGAAUUUAAAAUAAUACCCACAUCUAAUUUUAAUGUUGAAGUUAUCAAGUAUAAAUCGUAUCUAUUUGAAAUAUGGGAUUUUGCAGAAACUCUUUCCUGUUUGAAUCAUCCCAGUCAUCCUCAGGUUAUUAUUUAUAUGAUCGAUUCAAUCGAAUAUAGUAAAGAAAUGACUACAACAAAAUCAAGGGAGUCUAUGGCUUGGCUAUUGGAGAAUGCUUAUUCACAAAUAAAGAAUACAAUCAUUAUUACUGUAGCUAAUAAAAUGAACAAUAUAAAUGAUGAUAUUCAAGAUAUCGGCAUAACUUGGACAAAUGACGAUCGACUUUAUAAACUAUUAAAGGGACAUGAUUGGAGGUUAUUUCCUUGUAAUUCAUCAAAUGGAGAAGGAUUUGAUCUAAUAUUCGAUUAUCUUAUUAUGAAAUUAAAGGAUCAGGAACAGAAAAAUGCAGUCACACCUUGGGAAUUAUUAGCUAAUCCCCAUCAUCUUCAUGACCCAGAAUUUUUCCUCUGGUUUCAACAAGGCAGAGCUUUUCUAUUUUUUGAUCAUCAAAGUCUUAUUCGUAUCAUUUAUUUAACGAUUGUUACACGAAAGAAGCACCAAUUAUUACAUGAACAGUUAGCCGCUCUAUCAUCUAUAAAUUAUUCAGAGACACAAACACUCUUCUGGGUACACAUGGUUUCAUUUGCACUAUUAAAAUCGCCCUUAUUAGAAGGUCAAAAGCCAGAUUUUAGUUUAUUUUUAAAGCGUUCAAAAUUAGAAGAAGAUUGUUGGAAAGAUUAUUAUUCGCAGAAAGUAUUUUAUUCUGAGAGGGCAACAAAAGAGUUUAUACCACCUGAUAAAAAGCCUUUACCAAAUGCAUUUAGACCUUCUUCUUUAGCAUUAAAAGGAAGUGGAUUACGGAUAGAUUACCAAAUACUGUGAUUUAUUCCCUUUCCACCGUCUUUCUUUUAACAACCAAUUAAAAAGCCAG